AAAUUUCCUGACGCAAGCAAUUGGUGCUGAUUAAUACGUUCUAAGCCAUUGGUAAUUGAACUCUACAUAUUGCACCUCAAGAUCAUAGAAAACAUGUCAAUAAGUCUAUUUAUUAAUCGUUACACACUGAAAGAAUAUGAAAAGAGAUUCAUUCUGUGGUAUCAUUUAUUUCAGAAAUUAAAAUGAUACACCGUAUAUAAUAAUAUGAGCAAAAUCAAAUAACAAUGAAGAAGACAGUAGAUGAAAAUUCAGUUAAAAAGACAAAGUGUCUUGACAUUUUAAUUUUGGGUUAAGAAAAAAAAAGAACAAAAAAAUUACCGUCAUGCAUCGAAUUUUCAGUGUAUUUUAACAAUCUGAAUUCAUUUUAACCCGUUUUCUAAGCAUUCUAAGUUCUCAACAUGAAAUGAGUCGGUGCGAUGACGUUCGUUCCGUGCUGAAACCGAAAUUUUGCAAAGAAGCGCUAUGGUCGGAAAACGACAUCUGCAAACUCGUCUGUUUGUACAAAAAUUCACCAUGUCUAUGGAGAAAAGAUAUACCUGCCUAUGCAGACAACAUUGCUCGACAUCACGCGUAUCGAAGUAUACACCAAAGUUUGAAUAUGCCCAAUGUUACAUUCACUGAUGUUAUGAUGAAGAUUCGAGAAACUCGGCGUUUAUAUCUCAGCGAGCUGAUAAAAUCUGUUACCGGACAAGUUUCCGGAUUUAUGUACAAGCCGGGACAGACUUGGUUCACCGUCAUGCACGAGUUUCUUCAUCGAUACUUGGACUAUGAUGAAUCUGCUGAGUUACAUGAUGUUAUUUGUAGCAUGGGCUGGAACAUUGGUCCUAAUGAUUACGAGCGCAUACUUAAAGGUCUUAAUUUGGACAAUUUGCGUCCACCAUCCGCAGGAGACCCAAGAAGUGAAGAGCAUUGCUUAAACAGCAAGAUUGUGCGGGCAGACAAAAGUCUUUACUCCCCGGCGGAAGAUCAAUGCCUGCAUACAGAUUGGUUUCCACAAUCCAAAGAACAAACUUCUGGUCCAUCGUGUUCCCCUAUCUCAAUAUCACGACAUCGAAGUGCCGCCGUUUCUCUGGCAGAGAAAAGUACUGGCGGGUCUUCGGUAGUAGAACAUCGCUCGCCUCCGCCUCCGAUGUUGAGGAUUCAUUCCGCGCGAAACAAGGAUUCCCAGUUGUCCGAUUAUUGUUCGGAAAAUAAUGCUUCAAACCUGUCAAAGCCAGGUGUUCAGUUCAGCUUGUCCAGCGAUUCUUUACUUGCUGAAAAAUCCUCUUCAACGAUUGUUUGUGAGACGAGAGCGGAUUAUACUUGCAAUCCUGAAAAAAAGCUUACCUCGUGUGGAGUGCAGUGGAAUAGUUUGGAAAGUAAGAUGAUCUUAGAGGGUAGAUAAUAUAUACACGAUUAUACACGUCAUGCAAUAGACUGCAACAACAUUAUUAUUGCAAAAAGCAAGGCUCUUUAUUAUCGGACGAUGCAGAGUGCAAGGUCAGAGAAAAAACAAAAAAUGUGGCAAUUUCGGCACGGUACGACGAACACGACGUGUUUGCUAACACCAUCGCAUCUCAGCUCAGAGAAAUGGACGUGGAAACAGCUCUACAAGCUCAAAACCAUAUCAAAAAAGUAAUCACCGAU